AUGGCUCGCGACAUUCAACUAACACAAGUGGAAAUCAACAAGAACGACUACUCCAUCCAGAUUGCCGAUACUGACGAUGACUACCCCUUCUCUUCUUCUGAGGAGCUCGUUGAGAACCUUCCCGACAACACCCCCCGAUACAUUGUGCUUAGUCACCCUAUCGACAAGCCUGACGGACGAAAAUCCUCUGUGCUAGCAAUGAUCUAUUACAGACCUGCCACUUCUACUCAGGAGGCUCGAAUGCUGUACGCUGGAGCUGUUGAGCUUGUCCGAGGCAAGGCUGGUGUCAGCAAGUUCAUCGAGAUUGACGACGAGGAGGAGUUUGAGAACCUCGCUGAGCUGGUUCAGGAAUAG